AUGAAUCUCUAUCCCGCAUCAACAGUCAUACCGAUUUAUGCCGUCUUUUGCAGCAUCGGCAUUUUGCUUACCUGUCUCCGAUUCUGGGUUCGCAUCUCAUACACGAAACAGAAAGUUGGGCCAGACGAUUACUUCAUCCUCCUAGGCGUUAUUGUGGCUAUCGCUUGCACCUCAAUCCCAAUCUACAACGCCCUACGAGGGACAGGUGGUGACGUCGUGAGUGCUCAGGAGCAGCAUGCUCGAGCAAUUCUUGCGCAUAAAGUUGAUUUUUCUAUGCUUGUCAUUGAGAAGUUGGCAUUUGGUGCAGUCAAGAUCUCGCUGCUACUCUUUUAUCGACGAAUCUUUGGUGUGUGGCCUGGUUUCACGCGGAUCAACAAUUUGCUUCUUGCUUUUGUCGCCGUGUGGACGGUUUCAUUUGCUAUGGCCGAUUUGUUGCUAUGUGGGCGACGGAUAGAGCUUCAGUGGGCUUUGGAUCAGUCGAUAGCACAUCAUGCUUGUGGUGAUAAGGGAGCGGCGUUGGUUUCGUUUGCUGCUACGAGUAUUCUCACGGAUGCGUUGGUGCUGGGGUUGCCGCUGUUAUAUGUUGGAAAAUUGAAGAUGGGCAGUAGUAAAAGAGUUGCCGCAAGUAUUGUGUUCUUACUGGGGGCAAUGUAAGUCUCAGUUUUAUAUUCAAUGUUUCUUUGCCAUCGCUUCCGUUAUUCCAUCAACACCACUUAUGUACUUGAUUAUUUGAAGCAGGACUUGGAGAAAGCUGUCUGGGUCUGGCUCUAAAUCCGGCUCUGGUAAGAGUUCUGAGAAGGAAGCUGUAAGUGUAUGA